GGAGAGGAGGAGGGGCCGCGCGCGGCGGCCCGAGGCGGCGGCGGGGACGCGGGGACGCGAGGACGCGGCUUUGUGCAGGCGGGUCGCGGGGCGCCCAUGGCGGAGUGCGGCCGGGGGGGCGCCGCCGGCGGGGCCCUGCCCACCUCCCCGGGCCCAGCCCUCGGCGCCAAGGGCGCCCUGAAAGCCGGAGUAGGGGAAGGCGGUGGCGGGGGAGGUCGCCUCGGCCACGGGCGGGCGCGCUAUGACAGCGGCGGGGUUUCCAACGGAGACUGCAGCCUCGGCGUGUCCGGCGACGAAGCCCGGGCCAGCCCUGCCAGGGGACCCCGCGGCGUUGCGCUCGCCCCGACCCCCAGCGCGGUUGUCUGUCCCGUCCCCCGGGAGAGCAAGCCGGGCGGCCUGCCCCGCCGGAGCAGCAUCAUCAAGGAUGGUACAAAACAGAAGAGGGAACGGAAGAAGACAGUCUCUUUCAGCAGCAUGCCAACAGAGAAGAAGAUCAGCAGUGCAAGUGAUUGUAUUAAUUCAAUGGUUGAGGGUUCAGAACUCAAAAAGGUUCGCUCCAACUCUAGAAUUUAUCAUAGGUACUUUUUACUGGAUGCCGACAUGCAGAGCCUAAGGUGGGAGCCAUCUAAGAAGGAUUCCGAGAAAGCCAAGAUUGACAUUAAAUCCAUCAAGGAAGUGAGAACAGGAAAAAACACAGACAUAUUCCGCAGCAAUGGCAUUUCUGACCAGAUAUCUGAAGAUUGUGCAUUUUCUGUCAUAUAUGGAGAGAAUUAUGAGUCACUGGAUUUGGUUGCCAACUCCGCAGAUGUUGCAAACAUCUGGGUUACAGGACUGCGGUACCUAAUUUCUUAUGGAAAACAUACACUUGAUAUGUUAGAAAGUAGCCAAGAUAACAUGAGGACUUCUUGGGUUUCACAAAUGUUUAGUGAAAUCGAUGUAGAUAACCUUGGACAUAUAACUCUGUGUAAUGCUGUGCAAUGUAUCAGAAACCUCAAUCCCGGUUUAAAAACAAGCAAAAUUGAGCUUAAGUUCAAAGAAUUGCAUAAAUCAAAGGACAAAGCUGGUACCGAGGUCACAAAGGAAGAAUUUAUUGAGGUUUUUCAUGAGCUUUGUACUAGACCUGAAAUUUAUUUCCUUUUAGUUCAGUUUUCAAGCAAUAAAGAAUUCCUUGAUACCAAGGACCUUAUGAUGUUUCUUGAGGCAGAACAGGGUGUGGCACAUAUAAAUGAGGAAAUAAGCCUUGAAAUUAUUCACAAAUAUGAGCCAUCCAAAGAGGGUCAGGAAAAGGGCUGGCUGUCCAUAGAUGGGUUCACUAAUUACCUUAUGUCACCUGACUGUUAUAUAUUUGAUCCAGAACAUAAGAAGGUCUGUCAGGAUAUGAAGCAACCUCUGUCUCAUUACUUUAUAAAUUCAUCUCAUAAUACAUACUUAAUAGAGGAUCAGUUCCGAGGUCCCUCCGACAUCACAGGAUAUAUUCGAGCUCUUAAAAUGGGUUGCCGGAGUGUUGAAUUAGAUGUAUGGGAUGGGCCAGACAAUGAACCUGUAAUUUACACAGGCCACACCAUGACCUCUCAGAUAGUUUUCCGCAGUGUCAUCGAUAUUAUUAACAAGUAUGCAUUCUUUGCUUCAGAGUAUCCUCUUAUCUUGUGUUUAGAAAACCACUGUUCCAUUAAACAACAGAAGGUAAUGGUUCAGCACAUGAAGAAACUUUUAGGAGACAAGCUCUAUACAACAUCACCCAAUGUUGAGGAAUCUUAUCUACCAUCCCCAGAUGUCCUGAAAGGGAAAAUACUAAUUAAAGCAAAGAAGCUGUCCUCAAAUUGCUCUGGGGUAGAAGGAGAUGUUACUGAUGAAGAUGAAGGAGCGGAAAUGUCUCAGAGGAUGGGAAAAGAAAACGUGGAGCAACCCAACAAUGUGCCUGUGAAGCGAUUUCAGCUUUGUAAAGAACUAUCUGAACUGGUCAGCAUCUGCAAAUCAGUUCAGUUCAAGGAAUUUCAGGUGUCAUUUCAGGUUCAGAAGUAUUGGGAAGUCUGUUCGUUUAAUGAAGUGCUUGCCAGCAAGUACGCCAAUGAAAAUCCAGGGGACUUUGUAAAUUACAACAAGCGUUUUCUUGCUCGGGUUUUUCCCAGUCCAAUGAGAAUUGACUCCAGUAACAUGAACCCUCAAGAUUUUUGGAAAUGUGGUUGCCAAAUUGUAGCCAUGAACUUUCAGACACCAGGACUGAUGAUGGACCUGAAUAUUGGCUGGUUUAGGCAGAACGGAAACUGUGGCUAUGUCCUCCGGCCAGCCAUCAUGAGGGAGGAGGUCUCCUUCUUCAGUGCCAAUACAAAAGACUCUGUCCCAGGGGUCUCACCUCAACUUCUUCACAUUAAAAUCAUCAGUGGGCAGAACUUUCCCAAGCCCAAAGGAUCAGGUGCCAAAGGUGAUGUGGUGGAUCCUUAUGUCUAUGUUGAAAUCCAUGGAAUCCCUGCUGAUUGUGCAGAACAAAGGACAAAAACAGUGCACCAGAAUGGAGAUGCUCCCAUUUUUGAUGAAAGCUUUGAAUUUCAAAUCAACCUGCCUGAACUGGCCAUGGUGCGCUUUGUAGUGCUGGAUGAUGACUACAUCGGGGAUGAAUUCAUCGGCCAGUAUACAAUUCCCUUUGAAUGUUUACAGACGGGCUACCGCCAUGUCCCCCUGCAGUCCUUAACUGGAGAGGUCCUUGCACAUGCUUCUUUAUUUGUCCACGUGGCUAUUACUAACCGAAGAGGAGGAGGGAAGCCUCAUAAAAGGGGCCUUUCUGUGAGAAAAGGGAAGAAAUCCAGGGAAUAUGCAUCUUUGAGAACGUUGUGGAUUAAAACUGUGGAUGAGGUAUUCAAGAAUGCCCAGCCCCCUAUACGGGAUGCCACAGAUCUGAGAGAAAACAUGCAGAAUGCGGUGGUGUCAUUCAAGGAGCUGUGUGGUCUGUCCUCUGUGGCCAAUCUCAUGCAGUGCAUGUUGGCGGUGUCCCCCCGCUUUCUGGGGCCUGAUAACACACCCCUAGUGGUCCUGAAUCUCAGCGAGCAGUACCCCACAAUGGAGCUGCAGGGAAUUGUGCCGGAGGUUCUGAAGAAGAUCGUAACAACUUAUGACAUGAUGAUUCAGUCCCUCAAGGCGUUGAUUGAAAAUGCAGAUGCUGUAUAUGAAAAGAUUGUACAUUGUCAGAAGGCAGCCAUGGAAUUCCAUGAACACUUGCACAGCAUAGGCACCAAGGAAGGUUUGAAGGAAAGAAAGCUACAAAAAGCAGUGGAGAGCUUUACCUGGAAUAUUACCAUCUUAAAGGUCAUGGCUCACCUCCACUGUCUGGAGACUCCAAAGGCUGCUCCUGAACGCUCACCCUACCUCUGCCACCAGAGUUGCCAGCUCUGUGCCAGACGAGGCCACUGUCGUACUACAUGGUGGACUUUAGCCCUUCCCAUGGCCAGGGACAAGCAGAUCUUUUGAAAUAUGCUAAGAAUGAGACUUUGGAAAACCUGAAACAAAUCCAUUUUGCUGCUGUUUCAUGUGGACUGAAUAAACCAGGCACUGAAAAUGCUGAUGUCCAGAAGCCACGCCGGAGCUUGGAAGUCAUACCUGAAAAAGCAAAUGAUGAAACUGGAGAAUGAGGAAACUUACAAUAAAUCAUUAUGGAGUUUAUAACUCUAGGACCAAUUGUAGUCAGAUGGGACAUUGGCUUUGCACUCGCUAAUGAGAAUAAUAUUCGGGAUUUUAAAGCACAACUGGAAUAGCUAAUUACAGUCUAUUAAAACUGUGAAUGUAUGUAGCAAUCCUGCGUGUGAAGGCAAAUAAACUCUAUAGCAAGCAAUUAUAUUGCUGGCCAAAAUAUGCUAUAUUUGUAUACAAAGACAUUCUAACUCAGUUCCAGUAUGAAGAACAGAUUAUUCACUCUAGCUCCAUUGAGAAACAUUUUCCUAAGUGAAAACAAUUUCUUAAGAUGGAAAUGGAUUGGAUUGUCAAAUUAUUAUUUAUUGGAGAAAAAACCUGAUCUACGCAUUUUUACUUAUGUGGGGUUGCCAGAGUAUCUGGGUUCUAGAUGAUUUUGGUGGCAUGCUUGCUGAGCCAUAAUUACUAAGGAGAAUGUAAGUGGACAGGUUCCCUGCAUCCUCGGGGUCCUUGGAGAGCCAUCGAGGAGAAUGUGCAAUUGGACUGAAGCUCCCUGGCUGAAGAUACAUGCCGACUCAGCACAUGGGUAGAGAUGAUGUAAAAGCAACAAAUCUGGAAACAAUACAUUGUAAAUAGUUUUUCAUUGUAUGAAGUAGUGUUCACAUUAAAAAGAUGUUUUAUGAUAUUUCUCCAA